AUGCUGCGCCGGGCAGAUGCUCUUCGUGUCCAGCAGCUGCUGGGGAUUCCAGUCAUCUGCGCCAACCUGCUGGCGGGGCUGGAGGAUGACGUGCCCGACCUCCAGCUCAGGGUGCUGCGGACCGUCCGGCGACGCGUCAUGCCCACUGGGGUCCCGCCGCGUCUCCAGGCCGGGGUCUUCAACGAGGCCGGGAUGGCCUCGCUGGCCUCGCUGGCCCUGGCGGCCGAGGCCAGCGCCACCCCCGCCGGCACCCUGGCCGCCGAGGUCCUGGAGCGCCUGCUGGUGGACCCCGCGCAUGGCGUGGCGAUAGACCCAGCGAGGGCGGCCAAGUUCACGCUCGCCAGCUUUGAGCCCCUAUCAGCAGGCAUGGAAGGGUUUAUUGGUCAGAAGAGGCUGCUGCGCUGGCUGGCGACCCUCCGCCCCACCGCCAGCUCUACACACCGUCGGCUCCUGCUCGGCUGCGCCGCCGCAGACCCGCGCCUUGCGGCCGAGCUCCUGGCUUCCGUGACCUGGUCCCUGGAGCCCGCGGCCUCCGCGGACUGGCUGGCCAGCGCCGGCCUGGUCACCGCGCUGCAGGACCACCUGCGGCGCAGCGCCACACUUCCUCUGGUGGCCGAGCCAAACCCCCCGAUCGCCGCGCUGGCUCGGCGCGUCGUCCCCGGCAUCCUCCCCCGCGCCCUGCUCUCCAGGGGCGUGCAGCACCCAGACCGCCUGGUGCGCUUCGCCACGCUGCGCAUGCUCCGCGGCGCGCUGGGCGCGCUGUCGGCGCUCCUGGCCUCGCAGGCGCCCGGGUGGGCGGCGGCAGCGUCCCUGCGCCGCGCCACCGCCGCCCUCCUCCCCGACCUGCAGACGGUUCUGUCUGCCGUGUCCAAGACCGGCCCGGCGCGCGACGACGCGGCGCGGGAGGCCGCGCUGCGCACGCUGGGUGCCUGGGUUGAGGCCCUGCCCGGCGCCUGGGCAGAGGCGCGGGUAGACCUGGGCCGGCUGGUGCCGGCCGACCUGGCGGGGCUGGAGGCCCCGCACAGGGCGGCCGUGCUGGAGCUGGUGGACGCCGCGCUUUCCUCUGCAGAUAAUUAUUACUGCGGCGAGGGAGGCCCAGUCAACCGCCGCACGGCGGCCAGCCUGACGCCCGUGGGCAGCGGCGCCGGCGCGCGCAUGCCGCCAAGCGGCGUCCUGGCCCCGUUGCUGGCGCUGCUCGCAGUGCAGGGGUCGGUCGCCCCCCGCGCGCUGGCGCUGCGCCUGCUCCUGCCCACCGGCCUGUUCGACGCCUGGCCGGACGAGGCCGACGUCUGGCUGGGCUGCCUGGCCAGCACGGGGCCCGACGAUGCAGGGGCCCGCGCAAGAGCCGCCUUCCUGAACGACUGCGUGGUGGGCGCGCUGCGCCGGCCGGACGACCUCUAUGCCGCGCUCGCCAGCGCUACGCCCGGGGACGAAGCCCCUGCCGCCCCCGCCUUCAGCCUCCUGGCGCUGGCCGUGGCGCAGGCCGCCGCCAAGGUGCAGGCCAGUGUCAAGAUCCCGGCGGCCGACCGCGAGGCGGUCGGCGCGUAUGCGGCCCGUGCGCUGGCGCUGGUGUGGGACCUGGCUGGAUUGGAUGGCCGCCAGGGCGCCUGGCUGGCGGCAGCGCUUUCCAAUGCACUGCCCGCCACUGGCAUGGAUCCAGGCACGCCCCUGGGCCGGCUGGCGGCGGCGCUGGGGGCGGGCGGCCAUGCUGCGCCAAGCCCUGCCCUGCUGGCCGAGCUGUGGGUGGCUGCGCCGAGCGCUGGCGCUCCUCAGAACGUGAGCUGUGUCCACGCCGAGGCCCUGCUGCUGUGCGCCCCCGGCGACGCCGGCCCCCGGCUCGCAGCCCUGCGCGCCACGCUGGCAGCGCUGGCGGCUGCACCCCGCCCGCUCCCGGACUGCGGUGUGCUGGGCGCGAUGCGGGGCGCACUGGCGGUUUUCUCGGAGGACCCGCAUCGCGGAUCGACAGGCGCGGCGUGGGGCGCCGCGGCGCGCCUGGCCCUGGAGGCCGCGCUGGGGCUGGGCGCCGAGAGCGUUGGCACGUUGCACGCCACGCUGGGCCUGCUGACGUCCACCGCACAGGGCUGGCUGGCCGCCGGCGCGGCGCCGCCCUUUGCAGGCGCCGUGUGCCUGCUCGCCUUUGACGCGGCGCCGCAGGACGCGGCGCCCUGGCAGCGCGCCGUGCUGGAGAGCUCGAGGGGCGAGCUGGCCGAGGCGCUGGCGGCGCGCGCCUCGCACGACGCGCUGCCGCUGCUGGCCGCCCUGGCGCGGUGGCCGCUGCCGCCCGGCCCGCGGUCGGCCGUCGUGAAUGCCCUGCGUGAGGCGCGGUCGCUCCCUGGUGUGGCCUGGGACCUGCUGCGCCAGGACGAGUCGUGUGGCGCCGCUGCCGACCGCGCCGUGGCCGACUCGGUGUGGACGGUGUGCGGGCUGGGGGCGGUGAACGGUGCCACGGAGCCCACAGCCAACGCCCCGGGGCCCUUCGCCAGUGCCCUGCCGCCCGGCGCGCUGACGCCACGCCUCUGGGAGAGGGCGGUGGCCUGCCUGGCCGAUGAGGCGGCGCGCCGCCUCCAGGCCCUGUCAGGGGCGGACGUGAAGGGCGACGAUGCAAUCGCAAGGGCAGUGCAGGCCGCGUGGGCGGCCUGCAGGGGCCCGGCAGCAAAGCUCAUGCCCGCUCUGGCCUGCGCGGCUGCUAGCGCCCUGGUCAGGACUGCAGGCCUUUCCCUGUCGGCCCCCCACCUUUUGAAGGCCCUGGCCGCGGCGCGCACCGCCGAGCAGCUGGCGCCGCUCCUGGCGCCAGCGCUGGAGGGCAUGCGGGGCGCGGCAUCGGACCCUGCCUCAUCACGCCGCCGCGUCGCCGAGCUCAUGUGCGCGGCCUUGAUGGGCGGCCAGGGCGCGAGAGUGGCCGAGCUGGGCGGCCAGCUGGGCGACCUGGCCUGCGUGAGCCUGCUGCCCUGCCUCCGCCUUGCCGUGCGGCUGGGAGGUCCAGCUGCCGAGCAGGCGCAGGCGCUGCUGGACGCCCUGGCCGCGCAGCCCGGCGGCCUGGGGGCAGAGGUACCUGCCGCUGACAAGCCCGCCGGAACCCCACCGCCGCGCGGCCUGCGGCUGCGGAUGGACAUGGCGGCGGUGGUGGUCGGCGACCCCACGCUGCCCUGCGCCGUCCUGACCUCCGCCCUGCACCUCUUCACGGACGCCCUGCGCCGGCUGUUCAAGGCCGGCAAGGGGUGCUCGCCCCCGGAGGCCGCGCUGCUGGCUUGCCUGGAUGCUGACAUCAGCGACGCCGUCGCCGCCCUGCCUGCCUCGCAGCGGUCGGGCCAGGCUUUUGGGGAGUUGGCUGAGGAGGUAUGCAGAUUUGGUGCCACUUUGCUCAAGCGGCGGAUGGGGCACGAGCCGACGCUGCGCACGCUGCGCCGCCUCGCCGCCGGGCUGCUGCCCGACGGGGGAGAAGGCGUGCCUCGCGCGACGACGGCGCAGGGCAUCAAGAAGGAGGUGUGCGAGCUGCUGGAGACGCUGCUGGACGUGGCUGGGCAGUAUGGUGUCGGGCGGUACACGCCGCCCGGCAGCCUGCCGGCCCUGCUGCCCCUGCUGAUGGGUGGGUAUGGCGCGACCCUCUCCCCGGCCGACCGCGCGCUCUGGAGCCUGGCGCAGUCCCUGAACGCGGUGCUGGCCGGCGGGGUGGACGGCGGAGGCAGCGACCAGGACAAUACCAGGGAUGCCGGCGAUGAGGACGCCCUGGCGCUGCAGCGGCUGCUGGACGGACCCCUCGCGCGGCAGACGGGGCUCGCAUGGGGCGUGGCGGCUGUGGGCGCGGUGGCCGCCAGCGAGGAUCACCAGCUGACGCGCCAGAUCCUGGAGCAGCACCUGACCAUCGAUCCCCUGCGCUGCGGCCUGAGCGCCGUGCACUUCCCAGAGUGGCGCCGCCUGCUGGGCGACUCCCGCCCGGAGGAAUCUGACACCGCCGCCCCCACCUGUGACGGGUGGGGCGCCGAGGCGGUCGCGCUGGCGUGCGGGGGCCUGGACGCGGAGGACACGCGGGAGCGCCGCCAGCUCGCCGUCCUGCUGGGCGCGCUGCGCGGGGCGCUGGAGCGGCCCUUUGCCCGCCUGCCCGCGCUGCACGCCCUGUUCCUGGCCGAGGCGGCCACGGCGGCCCUGAGGCCGGGGACGAAAAUGUACGGCCCGGUGUGCAAGGAGGUCCUGCGCGCGCCCGUGCUGGACCUGAGGCAUGUCCCGCUGUGCCGCUCCGUCCUCCUCUCCGGCUACCCCGACGCCGGCGAGCCGCGGCGCUGGCUGCUGCGCCUGAUGCGCGCGGGGUUGAGGGGCCCCGCCGACGCGCGCGUGCUUUCCUCCCAGCACGCCCUCGAGCGCGCCAUGGGCCUGGCCGACGCGGCCGCCCUGGAUGCGCGGGAGCGCGACGCGGCGCUGCGCCUGGAGGGCGCAUCGGCGUCCGUCAUGGCCGACAACACUCCGGCCAGCAUCCAGCCUGGGGCCAGCUCGGUCACCAUCCCAGACAUGACUGCCAGCCUGAACGCCAAGGUGGUCGUGUCGGAUGAUCAGCAGGCGGACCCCGCCCAGCUGGCGGCCUGCUACGACGCCAUGGCUGCCAAUUUCCUGCAGCAUGGCCUCAACAUCGAGGCCGUGCAGGCCACCCGCCAGUACUUUGACCUCUCCCAGGGCACAGUACCCAGGCCUCUGGAGUACGCCCGCUUCCCCUCCCCGCUGCCGGAGGCCGCUGUGCGGCUGGGCGUGCUCUUCAUGCAGAAGUGCAAUCCCACGCUGGCGAGCCUCGCCCACCAGGCGGCGCUGGACAUUGCCCGCCAUAUUCCGCCUGGCUACCUGCUGCACCUGAACGAGCCCUCACACUAUCAUGUCACCAGUACCAUCGUGCACUGCAGCCUGGGCCGGGUUCUGGGCGGGGAGGGGGUGGACGCCGACGCCGCGGCGCGCAUCGCGGCCGCCUGCGACGCAUGGACCAUGCGCCUGGCAGGUGCGGAGUGGACGGCGCCUGGACUGACGCACGUCCGGGAGACGGUGUUCACCACGGUGGAAGGGCCGGCCGUGUUCAUGCCCUUUGCGUCGGAGCCCUGA